AUGUUCAAGUGGGCGCAACAAAAGCUCGCCGAUGUGGCAGGUACCCAAGAGCCCAUCUACGGCCCAACAGCUAUCAGAUCCGUCGCCGAAGAGGCCAAGACGACUACCCACACGGAGACCACCAAGGAUGACUUGAAAUGGAUUGCGGCCGACUCGACCUCUGUUGAGACGCAGAGCUUCUACCUCAUGGGUGACAACGGACACCUUGGGCUGGCCCAAAUCAUCUACAGCAACGUUGGUGGCAUCCGCACAACAUGCCAGUUCAACGCCAAGAUCUUCUACCCCAACAAGUCGAAGCCGACGCUCUGGGAGACCACACAGCUCAGCCACUACGAGGUGAGCGAAGACCGGAUGUCCUUCUACGCCGAUGACUGCGCCGUCGAGCUGUCCGAGGACGGCACCUACUACACGAUCAAGAGCAUGAACUCGGAGAACGCCAUUGUCAACCUCAAGGUCACCCGCAUGUCGCCCGGCUUCCACGCUGGCAAGACGGGCAAGACGCUGUUCGGCACCGACAUGUCGAAGCCCUGGGGCACCAUGCGCCACGCCUUCUGGCCGCGCUGCAUCACCGAGGGCACCAUCACCACCAAGGACGGCGCCGUCGACUUCAAGGGUCGGGCCUUUUACGUGUACGCGCUGCAGGGCAUGAAGCCUCACCACGCGGCGGCCAAGUGGAACUUUGUCGACUUCCAGGGCCCCAACUACUCGGCCGUCAUGAUGGAGUACACCACCCCUCCCUCGUAUGGUUCGACCACGGUCAGCGUUGGCGGUAUCGCCAAGGACGGCGAGAUGAUUUACGGUGGCGUCACGCAGACGGCCAAGCACACCAAGGCGAAGAACGAUUCCGUCAACGAGUGGCCCGAGCCCGAGGAGAUCAAGUUCACUUGGUCCGGCACGGACAAGGAUGGCAAGGCCGUGGAGGGUGUCAUUGAGGGCCCUCUGGGCGAGAGGCUGGACAGAGUGGACGUACUGGCUGAGGUCCCCGGCUUCGUCAAGAAGAUAGUAGCUGGCACGGCCGGCACCAAGCCGUACAUUUACCAGUACUGCCCGACAGAGAAGAAGCUCACUUUGAAGCUCAAGAUUGGAGACCAAGAAAUCUCCGAAGAGGGUCUCUGCUUCAGCGAGGCCACCUUCAUCUCCGAAUAG